AUGCACCCGGUGGCCCGCCAGGUCAUUCUCGUCCUCGCGUUCCUCAAGCUGCUGGCGUCGGGCACCUACUGCCUCCUCAUGGCAGCACUUUUGCGCUUUGCCUCGCCCUCGGACGCCAUCAAGUACCAGAUCUUCGCCAUGACGACCUAUAGCUUUGGCACGUACGCGGCCUGCGGUCUUCUCUACUGGCUUGGCGCGCUGCACGUUCUCUGCGGCCGACGACCGAGCUGCGUGGACUCUCUAUCUUGUCGCUUGACUUCAUCCACGUCGGCGCUGCCGUGGGCACUCGGAGUGCAAAUCCUCCAAACGUGCGUGCAGUUACUGCAGGCGUACCGCCUCAGUCAGCACGCCGUCAAUUUGGACAUUGCGUUUGUUUACCCAAUGCUCGUCGGCCUCUCGACGGCCGUGAGCCCGUGGUUCUUUCUCUUCACCGACCCGUUCGUGCACCGCGACCUGUGGCUGCUUUUCAAUUGCCUUCUCAGCUUCGUCUUGGCCUCGGGGUUGUACCUCGUGGCGUUCGUCCCGCCCUUGCUCUCGCUCAAAUUUGGGGAUCCGCGACAGGCAUUUUCAAUGGCCUGGACCACCGAGUACACGCUACUCACGCGCUACAUGGUGCCCAUGUCGCCGAUCGACUUGGCUGAGAAAGCGACUCUGUUCGGUCUCAGCUGGUUCAACGCCCAGCGCCUCGUAGCCAACACCCACCGGCGCCAUGCAGUCGCGCCCUUGCACCGGGGUCCGACCCGCGUGACCAUCCGCUCCAAGCCGCGCGCGUUUCGGGUUCUCUUGUGGUGUAAUUUGCUGUUGGGCUUAAGCAUCGUCGUCGCCGCCGUGGUGAGCGUCGCGCGUGCCCCGGCGUGCCCCGACGGUUGUCUUCUGGCGACCCACCCUUGGUUUGCAGCGCAGUGCGAAUGCGCCUUCUUUCAUCUGCGCUGCGAGCCGCACAAUAUGUCGCCCAAUUUGACUCGGGUCUUGUCACCGGCGCAGCUUGGCACGCAACUCUUCUACCUGCAUGUGACCGAGUGUCCGCUCGUUUCCGGUUUGGAUCUAUCGCAUUUGGCUCCGUUUAAGCAGCUGUUUGGGCUCACGAUCGAGUUUUCCGACAUGACAACGUGGGACAAUAAUGACCUUGCCUGGCCAGACUCGGUGCUGGCGAUUGAAGUGCGCUAUAGCAACCUCUCAUAUCUACCACCGGCGCUGUUAAAGCUGCCGCGAGACUGCACCGUGCUCACGCUGGCCUUUGGCAACAACAUGUCGGCGUUGCCAUCAACGCUCGUGCCGGCCUGGCAGAGCCUCUCCCGUCUCGUUCUCAACGGCAAUCAACUGACGGUAUUGCCGAGAUGGGUCGAUCAGCUGCAAACGCUCGAGCGGAUUGUCGUAUCGAGUAACUUGUUUACAGAGCUCCCCGAAGCUACCCUCACGACGCUUCCCGUGCUAACACACAUCGAGGCAGCCCAGAACGCACUCACGGUGUUUCCGAGGACGCUUGCUGCCGCCAAGCAAGUCGAGGUGAUCGAUGUUAGCAACAAUCCGAUUUCAGAGCCGCCCACCGACGGCAUGUUGGCUGCGAUCGCGGCGCGCCGGGUCCUCGCCGAUGGAACGCCGGCGUGCACCGGGGCACGACCACUUGAAGGCUGCCAGGCCGUGUGCGCCGACUCGUGCUCCAAUUUUGAGCAUGGUGACCGCAUUUGCCAAGCCAACUGCCUCCAUGAAGCAUGCAACUGGGAUAAAAUGGACUGCGCGAAUGGCGGGUCACAAUAA